CGGGACAUGCUCUCCCCGAGCAAAGGUAGAGAAUCCUGUCCCUCACAGCUCUGUCCUCGGAACCUCUGUAAGAAAGAUAAGUGUUGAGCCUGAAGCUCCUCUUUACAGACAGUUGAACUAACUAUAGUCUGAGGAGCUUUUAGAAGAGUUGCACAGGGGGAGACAUGGACUCAGGAGUCUAUUAAACCUUUCUUGAAAAGUCCCAAUAGAAUUGUCUCCUGAUUCUUCAGCCGAGAGCUCUUGCCUGAUCCCACCAAGUGUCCCUACCUAGCCAUAUCUGCUGGGUCUGGUAGACAUCCCCGAGGAGACAAGUGGGUAGGGAAUUCUAGUCUCUGCUGAUCUUUUUACGCCUCACGAGGAAACAGCUGAACCAUCAUGAAACUUGCUUUUUAUUUGGCCAUCCUAGCUGGGACUGUUUUCUUCACUCACUCAACUGCGCAGAAAGAGGACUAUGCUCCUUAUAUAGCCUACCUCAAGUCUAACUUCAACCCCUGUGUGGGUGUCCUCAUCAAGGCCAGCUGGGUACUGGCUCCAUCUCACUGCUAUUUACCAAAUCUGAGGGUGAUGUUGGGAAAUUUCAAGAGCAGAGUCAGAGAUGGGACAGAGCAGACAAUUCACCCCAUCCAGAUUGUCCGCUACUGGAACUUCAGCCACACUGCCCCGCAGGAUGACCUCAUGCUUAUUAGACUAGCUAAGCCUGCCACCUUCAACCACAAAGUCCAGGUCCUUCCCAUCGCCACCACCAAUGUCCGGCCGGGCACUGUCUGUACACUUUCAGGCUUGGACUGGAGUCAAGAAAACAUUGGCAGGCACCCUGACUUAAGGCAGAAUCUUGAGGCUCCAGUGAUGACUGACAAAGACUGCCAGAAAACUCAACAAGGAAGCAGCCACAGAAACUCCUUAUGUGUGAAAUUCGUGAAAGUAUUCAGCCGAAUUUUUGGGGAGGUGGCUGUAGCUACUGUCAUUUGUAAAGGCAAGCUCCAGGGAAUUGAAGUUGGACACUUCAUGGGAGGGGACGUCGGCAUCUACACCAAUCUUUACACAUAUAUACCAUGGAUUGAGAAGACCAUCAAGGAAAAGUUGAAAUGAUGCCCUGCUUUUCCCUCUGCAUCCCAUUGUGUCUGCCAUUGACCAAAGGAAUUCACACAUUCCCUAAACUCAAAUAAACUCUCCAGGCGGAAAGUCUGGGAUGCAG